AACGAAGAAGCCACCAGAAGAUGCUCAUGGCUUUCUUUCGCUUGGCUUCCUGAGCGCAUGCCAUGCCAUGGAGGGGAGGGGGAGAGGGGGCGACGGAGCAGGCACCAUUGCCGACCAGGUUUAGAGUGUCCGCUAUUGCUGGACUUGUGUCUCUGACACUUAGCUACCCCGCACCUUUUGCCUCGCCUUCGCCCUGUCUUCCAGGCUCAAUCACCUCCCAGCGCCACGCAUCCCACUCCGCUCUUGCUCUCCUUCCUCCCCCGUCUUACUCGCCCUUUCAUCACUUCACAUCAACAUCGUCUGUGCACUUGUUUUCUCUCUUAGGGAGCGUGUGAGUGAGAGAGAGAGAGAGAUAGAGAGAGAUAGAGAGUGUGUGAGAGAGAGAGAGAGAGAAGGGGAGAGAGACCCUGCGCGAGGCAGAGGGAGAAAGAGAGAGAGACAGAGGUUAACAGGGAGAGUGAGAGUGAUAGAGGUCUGUCCGAUUUCUUCUUCCUACCUGCUUUGUCCACUCUGUUUGUGUGUCCCCUUUUUACUUCUCUUGUCAUUGUUCCAUACUCAACCCAUCGGCGCCUUUAGAAUCUCUCAUCCUCCCUGUAGUUUUCUAUAGAUAUUCUCCCGUUAUUUGGCGCGCCUUCUUGUUAUCUGUUUCCUUCUCGAUCCACUGUGCUGCUCUAUUCAUUUUUUUCCCUCCUCUUCGGAGUUUCUUAGCUCCUUUGGCUCGCAUUUUCCCCAUCGUCGUAUUUCAUAGGCUUGCUUAGUCUUGUGAAUCGUCUAGCUUCUUCUACCCGGAGCUUCAGACAUUGAGUUUAAGCUGGAUCUCGCCUCUUCUUAAAGUUGUGAAACAUUGAUGUUAUCACAGUGAAAUAUGUGAAGUUUUGAACUUCGAGUUGUUCUCUCUACCCCCAGUCAACUACACCCCCAGUCUCGUAACCUAGACCCUCCAAUUCCUGUCACCUCUGUUGCGAGUGGUCAAUUCAUACUACGGAUUUCCUGCAUCAACUUUUUGUCUUGUCUCCACCUUCCCCAUCCCAGAACCCUUCUAUAGUAUAAGUUGCGUUAUCUUAAUGGUUUGCUAGGGGGUUGAUCUCAUUAGAAGGUAUUGCAUCGAUGGCGUCUUUCAUUGUUCUACGAAUUCUUGUUUCUUCGAGAGGUAUUAAGGAGCGUAUGUGUCCGAGUAAAGUUUUCAUUAAGGCACUUGAUUACGAAGCCAUAAAGCAUAUGUGACAGGGUUUCUACAUUUUGAGUGCGUGACAGCAAUGCAGGUACUGGCUGGCGAGUGUGGAGGCUAGAUGGUCACAUUGUAUUUGCAGAAAGCAAUCAUUAUUUGGCUCUAGCGAUAGCAUUUUAACUCCAAGGUUUUUCUUUCAUUCAAGCCCGACAAGAUGGGCGAGUCUAAGAUGGAUAAUUAUGAGAUCAUGGAGCAAGUUGGCCGGGGAGCAUUUGGAUCGGCAAUCCUUGUCAACCACAAGCUUGAAAAGAAGAAGUAUGUGUUAAAGAAGAUUCGGCUUGCUCGCCAGACCGACAGAUGUCGGCGAUCUGCCCAUCAAGAGAUGUCUCUGGUAUCCAGAGUACAACACCCUUACGUUGUGGAGUACAAGGAGUCGUGGGUUGAAAAGGGAUGCUAUGUAUGCAUCGUUACAGGUUACUGUGAAGGUGGUGACAUGGCUGAUGUAAUCAGAAAAGCGCAUGGUCAAUAUUUCUCUGAAGAGAGGCUAUUGAAGUGGUUUGCUCAGCUUCUUUUAUCUGUGGAUUAUCUGCACUCCAACCACGUGCUUCAUCGUGAUCUUAAGUGCUCCAAUAUAUUCUUGACCAAAGAUCAAGAUAUUCGGCUUGGUGAUUUUGGAUUGGCCAAGAUGCUAAACCAAGAUGAUCUAGCUUCUUCGGUAGUAGGCACUCCAAAUUACAUGUGUCCAGAGCUACUUGCAGACAUCCCAUAUGGAUUCAAAUCAGACAUUUGGUCAUUAGGGUGUUGUAUGUAUGAAAUGGCAGCUCACCGUCCGGCGUUCAAGGCUUUUGAUAUGCAAGGAUUGAUCAGCAAGAUUAACAAAUCUACGAUUGGACCCCUUCCUAGCAUCUAUUCAAGCCCCUUGAAGAGUAUGAUCAGAAGCAUGUUGAGAAAGAAUCCAGAGCACAGGCCGACCGCAGCAGAGUUGAUCAGGCACCCACACAUGCAGCCAUACAUUAUGCAGUGUCGAAUACAAGCCGCAUUACAGUGUUCCUCUCCGGAGCCACUCAUACGAACAGAUCCGCCUGUAGCAGCAGAUUCGCCUUUACGAAAAAGUCGGUCCGUGCAGGAAAAAGCUCCACCACCAAUCGUCAAUCCUGUGACAACGAACGUCGAUACCAGUACUGACCGCGAGAGCUUCACAACAGAUGCCAAGAGUAGUCCAGAUAGAGAUACUGAGUACGGAGACUUGACUGACGGACCACCUGCAGAUGAAGGUGUCGAUCACCCGUGGAAUUAUGACAGUGUUGGAGGCACGGAGAAUUCUAGGCUUUCUCGAGAGACUUCUGAACGGGAGAAUGUGCGGAGCUCAAACAGGGAUUGGGUUAAAGAAGAAUGCAAGGUGGCUGCACAGUAUGCCAUCAAUGUAUUACGACCAAAAGCUGAUGGUACUAGAGAAAGAAAAGAAGAUCGGCUUGUCAGGUUGCCUGAGAAGACUGCUCCCCGAGUUCCCCGCUCUGAUCGCAAUCCUCCAGUUGCCGAGGGUCCUCCAACAUCAUCACCAGCAGCUAAAAUAGUAAAUGCGCUGAAAGCCAAGUCAGACCCAACCAAACGGAGACCGAAACAGAUGGAUAAUCCGCCUGUACCAAAAGUAAAAGAAGCGAAUAUGAUUGCUGCCGAGUCUCCAAGAGUAAAAUGGCGGGCCGAUAAACUUCCUCCUGCUCCUCCCAAGGUUCAAAAUAGUUCCGAGGAGGAAGCGACGGUGAAAAAGCAGCGUGUUCCUGUGACACCCGCGGUAACAAGUGCUCCGAGGAGGUCUUCGCUUCCAUUGCCCCAGAAGGUCUCGAGGAAAACCUCUCCUCCUACUCGGAGGACGUCUCCUCCACUUGCAAGUUUGCGCAGCUCUGGUGCACCUAGUCCCAAACUUCGGGCUCAAGCAGGACCUCCUGCAUAUCUUUCCAAGUUGAUCAAGAAUGAUGAGAACGGUCAAAGUGGUCGUCGAUCAGAGAUUGGACAUAGUGGCCGUCUCUCUGAUAUUGGACUUAACGAUCGUCGUUCAGAAAUCGGACAUAGCGAUCGUCGGUCAGAUAUUGGAAGUGGACGUCGCUCAGAUAUUGGGCACAGUGGUCGUCGCUCAGACAUUGGUCAUAGCGGUCGUCGCUCAGAUGUUGGACUUAGUGGCCGUCGUUCCGACAUUCGUAAGACGCCAUCUCUUGAACGCGGUCUGGAUCAUGACAGUGCGGAGACUGUGAAGGCUACACUGCAACGUUUGUCAAGCCUCACUUCAAGGUCAGACAAGGACGGCUCCUCUAUGCGUUCUAACCGCUCGAGCCCCAGUGAGAGUGGAAAUAUCAUACAAGAAUUGGGCCUCAACAACCAUUCUCCAAAUGUUUCCGUCAAUGCCCCUCGGUUGGACCUUAUUCCAGAAUUCAAACUGACAGCUGAUCCAGAGCCGUAUUCAAGCCAACUCGCAUCUCAUGAGAUUAGGAUGCCAAUGGAACGCCCGAAGUUUUCUUCUUCCGUGAUGCCAACGACGACUCGAAGUCAUAUUGCAGUUGUCUCCCCACGGUAUUCUCAACAGGUGAUGCCCAAGCAAACAACCGAGCCACGGGUCUCAGCGUCUCCUAACAGGCCAGAUUCUAGUCUGGCUCUACCUGCCUCUGAGACAAACAAGCCACUCUACUCAAUGCAUAUGGAGACUUCAAUUUUUGACAAGACUCAAGAGAAAGGAACUAUUCAGAUCAAUGAGAAGUCACCAGCUCCUCCAGCACCAGCUCGCCCUGCUUUUAAUGACGUGAUUCAUGUGAUCAGACACAGUACUUUCAGACUUGGAGCAACAUCCGAUCACUCCCACACUGAUGCGGAUUACGCCACCAUGGGCGAAAUUGAUUUUCGUGCGGGAAGAACGGACCUUGAGCCAUUUCAUGGGAAAAUGGAUAUUGGCUCACUACUUGACUUGCCUCAACGAGGUUCAGAUGUGGAAGUUGUCUCUGUGUCGCCAGGUAGUAGCGUUACCAGUCGUCAUCCACAAGUGGACAUGCACCAGCGUCAUGCGAAUGGUUUGGAUGUGAAAUCUUACAGACAGAGAGCAGAGGCUUUAGAAGGGUUGUUGGAGCUUUCCGCUCAACUCCUGUCCCAGCAUCGGUUAGAAGAGCUUGCCAUUGUAUUAAAGCCGUUUGGUCGGGGCAAGGUAUCUCCACGUGAGACAGCUAUCUGGUUGACCAAAAGCCUCAAAGGCAUGUUGGGUGAUGAGCAACCUCAUGACAGCCCAACUGUAGUGAUCUGAGGGUCCUUCUUGCGUCGUUUCGAACUAUCAUUAAUGUUUUAGGAAUGUUUUUUGUGGUAAGAGCUGUCUUAUACGGUCUCUAUUCCAUAACGUGUUUGUGGACGGGCAGCUCUAGGAAAGAUCCUCGGGGUUCUGUUUGUUGAGCCAUCUUGACCAAGUCUGAUGGUAUUAGUAAUACUGUAUAAGGGUACGGCGAGCAGAGAGUUGGAUAAGCUGUUAUUGAAGUGAGUUCAUCAUGUUUCCAGAACUCCUGCCUUUCUUUUCAGUGUGUUGUACAAAAUAAAUAUUUCUAAAGACCAGCUCUCAGUCUAUUUGCAAUUU